AUGGCAACGGACGCCGGUUUCGGGACUCCGCGGGUGGCGCACGGCCUAGCGGCCACCUCCGCGACUCCCAUGGAGGUCUAUGGCGACUCGGCGCCCGAGACCGAGGAGUGCUGGAGGAUUAUCAAGAAUCUCGAGUGCACUCUUGAACAAUUCCGGCUCAGUCCCAGAUUUACUAUUUCAGAUGAUUUGAAGGUUGGCUUUUUCAGCACAGACCAUGCCACUCAAACAGAUUCCAGUGAGAUUCUGCCAUUAAAAGAGUUGAGCUUAGCUACACAAAAUCUAGUGCAGAUUACUAAAUCCCUUCAGGUGGAUUUUGGGUUCCUCAAGCAAUUGAUUCAACUGAAGUUUGAGGACCGUCUUAAAGAGGAAUCUUGCAGACUCUUCAAUUCUCUACAUGACAGGAUCAUGACCAUUGAAAAACAUUACCAACAGAAUGAAGAGAGCUUACGAAAAUGCUACAAUCAGCAGCUGGCCGAUGCCAUAGGUACUAUCAAAGGAAUGUACCAGCAAUACUUUGAGGUGGAAGAAGAGAAGACAUCCCUGCAUGACGCAAUGACUGUCAAAAUGAACAUUUUGUUAAAAAGACUGAGGGAGAAAGAAGAAGUCAUUAAGGAAUUAAGAGAAGAACUAGACCAAUAUGAAGAAUAUGGAUUUCAAAAAGUUGACUCUUUUAUCAAAGAGAGCAGCCCUCUGAGAACAACUCUAGAAAAGGAAAAUUCGGAGUUCAAAACGGAAAAUGAGAGACUGCUUCAAGUCAUUUCAGAACUCGAAGAAGAAAUCCAGCUCAAUGUAAAAGAAAAUUCCGUAUUAGAAGAUGAAAUUAUAAGUCUGAAAGAGAUGGCAGAUAAGGAUCAUAAAACUAUUCAAAAGCUAAUUGGUGGCAGAGACAGAUUAAUAAGUGAGCUUGAGCUUGAAAAAUCAUUAGUUCAAGAUAUGGUUAAUAAGCAGAAAGAGGACCUUGAAAUGAGAAGAAAGUAUGAUGCCAUAGUUGUCAAGAGCCCCAGAAGCACCAAGGGAAAAGAGACCCUUUCAACCCAGUGGCCCUCACAGCCCAAGAGUGCAGGUGCAAGUUCUCUGAGGCCACGUUCUUCCUCCAUCCUUUCAUCGCCUACUAAGACCAAGAGGGUCAAGAGUCCAAAGAAGACUUUAAAGGAGGAGCCACCCACGAUUGAAGAAGAGAAACUUGUUUUGGAAGAGCAAAUACAAGUGUUAAAGUCUAAGUUAGAGAGAGAGAAAAGGAAGUCAGAAAGGAUUAAAAAGGAUUCAGAACAUAUCAGCAAGAACUGGGAAAAGAAAUUCUUAAUUCUCAGGAACAGCUUUCAUGUCCUUAAGAAUGAGAUGUUCACUAGGCACACAUUAUUUCGUCAGUUUGCAGUGCUGGCCGAUACAUCCUUCAAUUAUGUUAAAGUUAAACCUUUAUUUGUGCAAUCCAAAAUGAACUUGGCAACAGUGUCGACAUCUUCUACAAGUGUAGACAACCAGUAUGAUGACGUAGGCAGCGCUCAGAUUUCCCUCCCACUUUCACCACAAGUGAGGUUAGAAAAUCUGGAGGAAGAAUCUCCGGAGGAAAAGCAGUCGACGCCCCAGAACACCACAGAGAGCGACACGGAUCGUCCCGAAUGCCGCCUGCUCAUUGGCGAAUUGCGCUUGAAGAGGACGCGAAGUGCGCGCUCUGAGCGCACCUUUCCAAACCCUUCAAGAGCCCGCUGGCUGGUGCGUGGUGAGCGGGGCGCACAGACCCAGAGCCGCCGCCACAUCCCUCUGCGCGCUCCCUGGGCUCAGCGGGGUGCCCCAGCGCCUUAG